AUGGCUGUGGCUCUUCCUAAGGAAAUCACUCUCCCUCAGGAAGUCGUGCCUCAGGCAGUCGUUGCUUCUUUGGACGAGGUCGAGUCUAACCCAUGGACACUCGUCUCUCCUGAUGGCACAUGUGGUGGUGACACCAAGUACACGUGCGCUGGCUCUCGCUUCGGUGACUGCUGUAACACAUACGGAUUCUGCGGUGUUACAGAUGCUUUCUGCGGUGCAGACUGCUUCAACUUGGCUGGACUUUGCGACGCCGACCUGCAAAACAACAACGUCGUCAGCCGCCCCAAGGCCACACACGUACCCUGGAAGCCUACUGUGCACCACGACCCUCACUUCAAGCCCUCUUACGUGAUUGACAAUGGCGAAAGAGCUCCUAACCAAGUCUGGUCAUGA